AGUUCUCAGAAAAGUAUGGUAGACACUCAUUCUUAAAACUGUCACAAGCGCAGCCAUCCUUCUCUGCCUUUUACCGGGCCGGUGAUCCAAUACUAACCUACUUUGAUUCAUCGUCUGUACUGAGCACUCUUAGACAGCCAGUCAGGAUGGGAGCCAGUGGACUUUGUGUGGAUGGAAAUCCUGCUGGUUUCCUGGACAGUAAAAGCACAAGCUGUAUUCGGAUUUUUGCCAACUUGAGCAAGAGCUGCAUCACUGACCCUGCCCUGGAUGCGGCCUCUUACUACCGUAACUUCACAGUGCUAAAGGUUCCAGUUAAUGGCACCAUUAUGCCGUCCAUGCAGGUAAAGAUCAUCCCGGUCACCCCCCCUGGAGCUCCUUACAUGAAAGACAACACAUGUAACAAUGUUGUUUCUGAGGUGGUCUAUGAGAUAGAAUUCAACAGCACCCAUGGGAUUCAGAGUGUGUCUGUCCAGUUCAAAGUCACCAGUAUCAUUGGGAAUGCAGGAUCAUCUCUGCAGCAGCAUUUCACUUUUCACUUCUGGACGAGGACUCUUUCUCAUACCCUGCCUCGAAGUGGAAACCCUGGCUACAUCGUUGGAGCACCACUGUUGAUUGCAAAGAGUGGUGCCAUGGAGCAUAUGACCAUUUUACAGAGCCAGGGGGACGGAAGUUGCUCACAGUUCGUCAGGCACAAAGUGCAAUUUGGAAUAAAUAUGAAGACAGGAUGCAAGCUCAGCCUAUCUCAAAUCUUGGAAGAAAAUGACUGUAGUUAUAUCCAGCAGAAGUUAUAUAAGGCACUCCAGGGGAUGAACAGAGCAGAGGAUCUUGCUGUAAUUGGCAGUGCUCAUUUAACUCAGGCAAAAGAGUGGACCACCAUUCUGAUUCAGAACUGUAGUGCACAGGCUGUGAAUUGCACUUCUUGUUGCAUGGUUCCUGUGACUCUGCAUAUCCAGAUACUGUGGACAAAGGAGGGCCUCCUGUCCAACCCACAAGCUCAAGUGUUGGGUGCACGGUACCUCUAUCAGUGUCAGCCACUAAAGUUCCUAAGCAUGAUUAUGGUGCCUUUGACAACCAUUGUUACCUUCACUGACAUGACAGAAUGGCCAGAACCUCCACGUGGCCAGCCCAAAACAUACUGGAAACUCCCAUUUGACUUCUUUUUUCCAUUCAAGAUAGCACUGACUGAGGAAAGAAGCUACAGAGGCCGUCUUUCCAUGGAUUUAUGAGAACGCUAGCAAGAGUGUGCCAGUAAUGGUAUAAAGUCAAGUUAAUCACUGCUAUUUUACUGAUCAGUGCCAGGAGUCUGCUAUAAUAAUCUUCUGCCAAAAGAAUAACAACAUCUCUUAUCAGUCAUAAACAUGUGGAAGCACUCGAAAUAUAUUAUAUUUCACAAGCCUGGGCUGUUUUCGCACCCAUUUCCC